GCAGAGCGCAGUUGUUCCCCAUCCAGUCCGGUGCAGUGUUUGCAAACACCUUGAACAGCAAGAGAGGAGACGAAGAAGAAGAAGGGGGGGACUCACUGACGGACGGACGGACGGACGGAGGCUCGGCUGCUGCUGCUGAAAACAAGCGCUCCUGCUCCGCGUUGAGGACCCGCUCCUUUCCUCUGGGUGUUUUAUUCCUACCUGACGUCUAACUGCAGCUUAACACUCUUUUUAUUUUAAAAAUAAAAAACCUCUGUGGGGCAAAAUGGAUGUUCUACCCAUGUGCAGCAUCUUUCAAGAACUUCAGAUAGUUCACGACACGGGCUAUUUCUCAGCCUUACCUUCCCUGGAGGAGUACUGGCAGCAGACAUGCCUGGAGUUGGAGCGCUAUCUACAGAGCGAGCCUUACGUCUCCACAGCCGACAUCAAGUUCGACGGGCCGGAGGACCUCUGGAGCAAGUUGAUCUUGGCCUGCGGGGACAAGGCCAAGGCCGAGUCCGACCCAAAGCUGCCCCCGGCCCACGAGGAGGACAAUCAGGACAGCCAAAUCUUAGACACCAACAGUGUGAAUUCCGACGCCAGCAGCGAAGCUUCAGACAGUUCUGAGGAGCUCUCGCCCACACACAGCUUUACCUCCAACCCUCUGGGCUCUGUCUUGGUUGGCUCUGGACCUUUUAGCCCCUCUGUCAUAAGCACUCCCCCGUCCUCUCCGGAGGCCAACGUGACUAACGGCUGGGUGGCCGCACACGCCGGGUUGCACUUGCCGGUCAAAAUCAGGAGCGGCGGGGUGGCAAAGAGUACGGAAAAGACGGGACUCAUCUGCGGGGAUGCGUCUCCGGACGGCAGGAGGCGAGUACACAGGUGUCACUUCAACGGGUGUCGCAAGGUUUACACGAAGAGCUCCCACCUAAAAGCACACCAGCGCACUCAUACAGGUGAGAAACCUUACAGGUGUUCAUGGGAGGGCUGCGAGUGGCGUUUUGCACGGAGCGACGAGUUGACCAGACACUUCAGGAAGCACACUGGGGCAAAGCCAUUUAAAUGCAGUCACUGUGACAGAUGUUUCUCCAGGUCUGACCAUCUGGCUCUUCACAUGAAGAGGCACAUCUAGAGCAGGGCGAAGCUCCAACCAAGCGACGCAGCGCAAGGGGAGAGUUUGAGAGGAGAAAAAUGAAAAAAACAAAUGCCGUCUCCCGACCAGUCUCUCGGUUGAACUGUCCCAGAGCGGAGUCGUGGGAGUGUGUUCCAGCCAAAGCAUGCCGUUUUGCACCAUACUGAAACCCAGUGCCUCCGGGACCUCUCUUUGGAGAAGGGCGCUCUGAAGGUUGUCUGUUGCAACAAGAGGACAAAAUCAUGGAUGGGGAAGAUGUUUUUUUUUGUUUGUUUGUUUUCUUUUUUGAUUGAGAAGGACUUACAACACACACAAAAAAAAGAAGAAAAAAAAAACAAUAAAAGACACAAACAAAAAGAGUGAAUGAUUUGUAUGUAUGGUGCAUGAUGUUUUGGGGGACAUCUCCCGGACAGCAGAUACACUGGUACUUUACAAAACUGUCUGAGGUAAGCAUGUGUGCACUGUGAAUGUCUGAGAUUGGCGAACCGGCCCCCUGAGAGGACAGAAGAAGAGUUUUUGGGGAGGAGAUGGAUUGAUGGAUGGUGCGGGGCUGGUACCAAUGUUGCUGUGGACUGAAUGGGUUUCUGGGGGGAAGCAUUCCAUUAGUGUUUCCCCGGUGGCAGCGUGAGGACGGGGCCAGGAUGGAAGUUCCUGCCUGUCUGUCUGGCACCCAGACUGGAGGGGGGUUCUCCGAAGCUUUUGAGGCCUUGGGUUUGACCAGAGAGAGAAGGUGGACGUGUGUCUGGUCAGUGACCCAGGGACCAAAACUCCCCCCCCCCCCCCUCUCGGUCACUGUAUGACAGGAGCUUUUUUUGGUGUUUUUGGUGCAGCUACUAAAUGUGCAAUGUGUUAUGUAGCCUGGUUUAUUAUUUUUUUACAAGCUACAAAGCUCAUUUGUAGUCCAAUUGUAUAAGCUGUGUGCUUAGAGGUAUAACACAACUAUACUAUAACUUCAGUAUCAUAGACAGGUGUUGCAUGGUUCUAGGGUUUGUUCAUUUCAUGUUUCCACUGUAAUCAGGACUGCAAAUAGUUUCAAUAAAAGUGCAGCUAAAGUGCGAACGGUUAAAUGUUACAAUAUUGUACAUAAAGCCUCGAUGAUUUCCUCCUUUUUAUUUUUCAUCCGUUUCAUCCAUCUGGCUGGAGACUUCACCGCUUACUCAUUCUCUCAUUCAUCCUAUGCCUUGAGGAGUACUUUUGAUUUUUGUACUUUCUUUUCUAUCUAAUAAUGCACUGUUGACCUUAAUGGUGCCUUAUGCAAGUGACUCGGCCCCCUGGUGCUUUUCGCUCCCAGGGGAGGUCACGUUUGUUGUAUGGGUGAUUCGACAAGCUCGAUCAAGGCUCAGUUACACAUUAACUCGCACCUCUUUGUGUUCAGCGACAGUCGUCCGCAUCUGUUGAUUGUGCUGCUGAAAUGUAAACGUUCUGAGAAGCACCUUUUGUCAGUUUGCUCGCCAUUUUUCGUCUUUGGACAUGUAAAUAAGACAUGCGUGUUUGUUUGGAGCACUUAAAUUUGUUUAUUAAAGACAUUAACUACUGUGUAGUAUGUACUCAAGUCCAUCACACACAGCUCUAAGGUACAAGACAACCAGACUGGGUAAACAAAAACGGGGUUUUAUGUGUCGUUCAUUCAGUGCUGCUCCUUUUCUCGCUGUAUCCCUCCCCACCGACGCCAUCGCCCCCCCUCCUGUCCCUCCAUCCCUGCAAGUGGGACUGAAGAAAAAGCUAAAGAUUUAUUGUAAUUAACAGGCUGCAGUCGGACAGGCCUCGCCUUGUACUGCCUCUCAGUAAUGAAUUGCUAAAGGCUUUGUUGGCAUGGAAUCUGUCACAGACUGCUGACUGUGUAGGUUGGUUAUUGACCUGUCUGGGGAGCGUUGUUUUAGCCAAGCUGCAACAGUAUUAUGAAAACCACAGGAGCGAGCGAGGGGGCGGGGGGGCUCCUGGAAGGAGAUAAAGAUCAAGCGUUGACACAUGGAAGUUGGACCAAAAAAAAAAAAAAAAAGACAGCAUCUCCCUUUAAAGGUGGAUCUGUUAGAUUUAUAUUGGAGGUGGGAAGGGGACUGGACAAAAGGUGGAGGCCGCAGUAACCAUAGUGAUCACACUUAUACUGCUGCAGGAUAAAGUGAUCUGUGCCACCCACUCCAGAUCAGCCACCUCGCUGUUGGAAUUCAAUGUUGCAGCGUGGCAUGCUACGACUUAUGGAUUUCAGAUCAGCAGGCGAAAGAGACGGGAUGAGUACAAACUUGAAACUGCUUGCUGCGAUAGAUUUUGGAGUGCUGGCAGUGCCUUUUGUGGGCAAAGGAGGGGAACAUCCAUUCUGUGAAAACCGGCAGCCAAUACUGUUCAAGUGGUAAUUGAGCCUUGAUUAAGCCCCAUGUUUGCUCGCAUCUUUUAUCAUCAUCGCUUUCAUCCCACUACCCCAACGUCUUCUGUCACACACACACACACACACACACACACACACACACACAGCUCUUUGUUCUCAACUGAAUCUUUGUAUAAAAAGAAAAAAAAAACAACUUUUGUAAAAUUGUUAUGUUUAUGCUUUAUGAAAUUUUUAUUUGAAAUUGUUUUGCAAAAUUGUUAUAUUUCUGUAUGAAUGUAUUUUUUAUUGGAAUAAUAAGAAGUUCUUAUCUGA